UAUUCAGCGUGGUUGGGUUGUCACACACUAUUAUAGAACUUCUCUCUCUCUUUUUAUGUGUUGUAUUCCAAUGUACCACGUCUCUUAUCAUUACCACCCACCACUCUCAAUCCUCUCCAAGCAAAAUCCUUGUGUUUUCUUCUCUCAUCCUGGUUUGCUGCUGGCUGCUUUCUAUUCUUACCUCAAGAGAAAUAAGAGAAUGGGUGCAAAGAAAUGGUUUAAGAUAAUAGUCAAAUUGAAGAAAUCGAAGAAAGAUAAAUCCAAAGAAGAAAAGGAACAGAUCACUGAUGAAAAUUCAAACGAAUACUCCAACGGGAAGCAGAGUACUCGUGAAGAGUCAAGUAGCAUUCCCAAUGAAGGUUUAAUGAUGGACAGGACAGUUCCUUCAAAGUUGAUGGAUGAUAUUGCAGCUACUCGGAUUCAAAAUGCAUUUCGUUCAUUUAUGGCAAGAAGAACAUUACACCAUCUAAGGGGUGCAGAGAAAUUCGAAGCUUUGAUUCAAGACCACCUGGCCAGGGAGCAAACAGCAACUGCACUAAGCUAUAUACAUUCAUGGAGCAGAAUACAAGAACAAAUUAGAGUUCGAAGAAUCUGUAUGAUAACAGAAGCCAGGAUUAAGCAAAAGAAAUUGGAAACCCAGUUAAAAAUUGAGGCCAAGAUUCAUGAGCUCGAGGUGGAGUGGUGCAAUGGUUCUGAAACCAUGGAAGAAAUAAUUUCGAGGUUACAUCAGCGAGAGGAAGCAGCAAUUAAGCGAGAGCGAGCCAUGGCGUAUGCCUUCUCUCAUCAGUGGAGACCAAACUGUAGCCAGUAUUUUGGUCAGGCUUCUUAUAGCCUUGGUAAAGAAAGUUGGGGUUGGAGCUGGACGGAGCGUUGGGUUGCGGCACGUCCCUGGGAAGUCCGGGUUCGAGUUCAGACCACCAAAACAAAGAAUCUCAAUGGCCAGGUGCAAAAAACCAAAUUGGACAAGAUGAACCACAACGAAAGCAAAGUAGCCUUGGCUAAACCUACCCUAUCAAACGGGAAGGAAACUGGGAAAGGAAAGGAAAACGGUACUUCAGGGCUGUCAAAGAACAAUGUAUCCAAAUAGCCCAUUCUAAUUUGAUGGUUUAGGGUUUCUUCUUGCUCUUCUUUUGGAGUUUAUUUUCCAUAUUUGGCUUCGUGAGAAUCUACCAUUUGGUGUGUACGUUACACUAGGAGACUUCACUUAUUGUCUGCUUUUGCAUGGUGUAUAUGAUUAUGAACAUGAAUCUCCUAGUUUUGGUUGAGACAUGAGAGAUGAGAAUGGUAUUUUAUCAUCCCUUUCAUUCCAGGGGCAGUUAAUCUUUA